ACAACAUUCCUGUUUGGUUUAUUUGUUGUGUGAAAUGAAUUGAAUUCUUACAGCUUGGGUUUAAUUUCAGGUGUAUUUCUCUAAGCUUAUUUUAUGUGUAUGAUUCACUUUUUAUGCUAAUUUUUUACCAGUAUAAUCGGGGAUUGCCAAACUCAACAUGGCCGAAAAAUCUACACCUCUUUUAGCUGUCCUACAAUUGCUUCGGAAAUACAAUCUAAAAGGGACUGAGGAAAUAUUAAGAAAGGAAGCAAGUUUAGGAGAUGUUGAAUAUGAAACGUUAAAUUUGCCAGAAGUUGAAAUAGCAAGUAUUCUCACUGCCCAUCAUACGGAAAGUGAUCCAUAUAGUUAUGAGUUUGCAUAUGAAAGUCUUAAAAAAUUCAUUGAAAGCUCACUGGAUGUUUACAAGUAUGAAUUAUCAACUCUUCUUUAUCCAGUAUUUGUGCACAUGUAUUUGCUACUCAUCAUAUACGAUCACAAUGAACAUGCUGCCAAGUUCUUGGAAAAAUUUGGACCGGAGCAGGAGGAUUAUUAUCAAGAUGAUUUAGCCAAGCUAUGUAUUGUUAAACACAAGGAUCAAAUCAAGUUCAAUGAGUUAGCUCAAAUUUACAGUACAAACAAAUUUGAAGUUCAAUUGUCCAGAGAUGUGUCAUCUCAGCUGAAAAGAUUUUUGCAAGAACAGAAGAGUUCAACUGUAAUUAUAAACAUAAUUAACAAUCACAUUCAGAUUGAUGUUCAUGAUGGCCCGGGUAGGAAUCAGGCCCAAGUACGGGCCACAGCUGGAGGUUUACUUGGGGAAGCUACAAGAAAUGAGAAUCGUGCUAAAGUUUAUUAUGGCCUAUUAAAAGAGCCAGAAAUAGAAGUGUUCCCAGUACCGGCUGAAGACGAAGAAGAAGCCGAAGAAACACCAGACAAACCUAAAAAGAAGAAAGCCAAGAAAGAAAAUAUGUACAUGAAAAAGCCAAAAUCUGACCCAAAUGCUCCACCUAUUGACAGAAUACCACUCCCGGAAUUAAAAGAGACUGACAAAAUUGAGAAAGUGAAAGCAUUGCGCGCCAAACGAGUGCCAUUAGGCCCAGAUUGUCUGCCAUCUAUAUGUUUCUAUACACUGUUGAACAGCGGUCAUAGUGCUAUCUGUGCAGAUAUUUGUGAUGAUUCUACUUUGCUUGCUGUUGGUUUCAGCAACUCAAUAAUAAAGGUUUGGACACUUACACCUGUUAGAUUGCGUGGGAUGAAAUCUGCUGAUAAACUGCAAGAUAUUGACAAAGAAGCAGGAGAUGUCUUAGUAAGAAUGAUGGAAGAAAGAGAUAGAGAUACAUGUAGGACACUUUAUGGUCACUCCGGACCCGUAUAUAAAGUUGGGUUUGAUCUAUUCAAAACAAUGCUUUUAUCAUGUUCAGAAGAUAGUACAAUAAGACUGUGGUCAUUGCACGUGUGGACUUGCCUCGUUGUAUACCGAGGUCAUACAUGGCCAGUUUGGGAUGUGAAGUGGUCACCCCAUGGCCACUACUUCGCUUCAUGUGGCCACGAUCGCUCAGCGAGACUGUGGGCAACAGACAGUUAUCAGUCGCUACGUUUAUUUACUGGUCAUUUUUCGGAUGUUGAUUGUGUACAAUUUCAUCCCAAUUCAAAUUACAUAGCUACAGGUUCUAGUGACAGAACUGUGCGGAUGUGGGAUUGUCUGACAGGCAGUCAAGUCCGUGUCAUGAGUGGACAUAAGUCGACUGUUUUUACUCUCGCCUUCUCGGUGUGUGGAAGGUGGCUGGUAUCGGGCGGCACUGUAGGCGACAUACUUGUGUGGGACAUAUCCAAUGGUUCUCUGACCGCAGCACUGCCUCCUUCACACACUGGGCCUAUACACGCUUUGGCCUUCAGUCGCAAUGGAACUAUUUUAUCUUCAGGUUCAUUAGACUGUACGAUAAAGUUGUGGGACUUCACACAAAUAACAGAAGAGACGGUAAAUGAUGAAACCGGAAGUACCACCUCAGUGCCAAAGGACGAAAAGUAUUUGUUGCGUUCGUUUGCAACAAAAAAUUCACCAAUAAAAAGCUUGCAUUUCACUCGACGAAACCUUUUGCUUGGAGUGGGCACAUAUGAGGGUAGUUCAUAAUGACAUGUAUCUAUUUGAUAACUAAUAAAUAAAU